AUGCCUACCUUAGCGCUUCCAGGAGGCACAUCGCCCAGCCUCGGCCGUGCGAUCGUCGCUGCUGUCAUAGCCAAAAAACCUGCUUCUCCAUGGAAUGUUGUUAUUCUUUCGCGCUCUUCUCGCAUUCCCACCUGGUUGCAGGCAAUCGACCCACAAUCCACACAUACCACGAUUCGGACUGUCGACUACCUUUCUGUGGAAUCACUAGCGGCUGCCCUGCACGAUGUGCACGCAGUUAUAUCUGUUACCUCCGCUAUUGACGGUACUCAAGCAGAGAUUCAGAUCAACCUACUCCACGCUGCACUUCGGGCGGGAUGUAAGCGCUUCGCUCCUUCCCAAUGGGGAUUUGGCCCCAAAGGUUGGGAGAAUGUUCCUACCCUUCGGUGGGGGAGUCAAGGUAUCUGGAAUGAAUGCACUAAGCACAAGUGCGAGAUAGAGUGCGCCAAUUUCAACCAUGGGUCCUUUAUGAACUAUCUUGGCCAUGGGAUAUAUCCUUCUCCUCCUAAGUCAGAGUCCGACGAAGCGACAACCCUGAUACAACUAAGAAAAGGAGAGGGAUAUAUGCCUGGGGUGGACGAGGCGUGCCAGGGGCUCCAGAGACAAGGCCCCUUAGCUGAUCGACCGGGAGCUUUUCUUAUUGGACUCAAAAAUGGCAUUGCAGAGCUUCCCAUCAAAGACGAUGGCCAGUGGCCGCGCAUUACCAUGACGUCUUUGAGGGAUGUGGGCCGAUGGGUCACUGCGUCUCUCGACCUACCCGAAUGGGAAGAAAGCAUGAGUAUGGCCGGAGAUACCCUGACGAUGGGAGAACUGUUAGCGCAUGCGGAAGCUAUCACCAAGAAGAAGUUCAAAGUGAUUGUCGUCAAGCAAGAGGAUAUCGAGAAGCGGCUAGCAGGCCUGGCGCAAGAUGACUUUAUGGGGCAGAUGUGGGCAGAGUUUAAUCUUGCCUAUAUCCGAGAUAUAGAGGAUGAGGUUGUUCUGCGUCCUGUCUUGAAUGACAUGUGUCCCGAAGUCAAACCUAUGGGGGUGCGAGAAUACAUGGAAAAGUUUUGGAAUAUAGAAUAA